AUCAAGUGAAAAAUGUUCCAAAAAGAUAUAUUUAUCAAAUUGUUUUAUUUUUUAAUAUUAAUGGGACUGAUUUAUAAAUCGACUGCCACAGAAAAUGUUCAGUUGUUUCGGGACCGAUCUGGGCUGCCAAUAUUAUUUGUCAACAACAUCAGAAUUGCUGCUGAUACAUCUUGUUAUAAACAAUCUGCUUACGGUAUAGAUUAUUAUAAUUGGGCAUGUCAUUUUUGGUGUUAUCGGGCUGGAUUGCAAUCUGGAGGUUGUAGAGGUGAAAAUAAUUGCAAAUGUGAGAUCGAAUUUAAUCAAUUAAACAAUCAUCUUCCAAACACCAAUGUUGGAAACAAGAAACGGCUUUGUAUGAGGUGGAGGCUGUCUUCAGUAACAACAGAUGAUGGUGGCGAAAUUCACCUUUGCCAAGGGACAUUCGGCAAUCAGUGCAUUGACGCCUGUUCGAAAAUAUCGAAGUAUCCGGCGCGUUGCGAAAAUAAUAAAUGCAUGUGCCAUUUAGAUGAAGAUUGCAAAUGGUAUAUUUUGAAAUUUAUUAGAGUUUUACAGUCUCCUCCGGAUAAUGAAAACGUGUAUGGAUUGUGCACCGACGGCAUAGGUGACGGAGAAUGUAAUUACCGCUGCUCAAUUACAGGAUAUAACAAAGGCGGUCAAUGCGCAAAUAACAUUUGCAAAUGCAACGCAGAAACCGAUUUAGAAAUCUUUACUAAUAAGAAAGAAAACGAAUUCUUAAAUCAACUUUGUACAAAUUCAAACGAUUCUGGAAAGUGUGAAAAAUAUUGCAGAGGAACAUGUUCAUGCACAGGUACAUGUCAGGAUAAAAAAUGUGUUUGCGGAGGGUGCACAAAUGAAAAGGAGCAAAGGACCAAAGAAAUUGAAAAAAAUAUUGAAGAAAUUUGUCGGUCUGAAGAAAGAAAGAGUAUUGAUUGCAAAUUGAAGUGCUUGCAAUUGCAUUUUACUGAUGGGGAAUGUAGGAAAAAUGGGGGAACUACAUUUUGUUCGUGCAAGCGCUUGGAUGAUAAAUGGAGGAAGCUUAAGGAAAGAGAUUAUUAUACUAAAGAUAAUAAGGAGAAAGUUCAUGAAGAUACUACGGUAUUAGAAAAUUAUCCACGAAAACCGACAGAUUUAAUUGAACGCUGUACUACAGAACGUGAUAAAAUUGAUUGUAAAAUUAAAUGUAGAGGUUUAAAAAGAGAUGAUGGUAUUUGCAAUAAAAAUGAAUGCGUAUGUCAGAGCACAGACAAAACCUGGAAAAGUUAUAAUGAACUAUAUAAGGAAUAUCACGAACGAGAAAUUUGGCAUCACCAAGUAUGUCGAAUGGACCACGGUGAAGGAGAUUGCAACUACAAAUGCAGAGGUGUUGGAUCUUCUGCUGGUAGAUGCAAUAGUGGUAUUUGCCAAUGCCUUUAUGAGACUCAAACCUGGGUUGAACUUGAUGAAACUAUUGAACAGACCUACAGAUAUAAUAUAUGUGAUAAAACACAGAACGACCAUUUAUGCUUCAAUUAUUGUAGAAGACUAAGAAACACUGCUGGGAGUUGUAACAUGGGUUAUUGUACUUGUGACCAUGAGGAAACUCGGUGGCCAUUAGAAGAAACUGAUAUUUGUGAAAACAAAAUCGCUGGGGAUAAAUUAUGUGAUUACGAGUGUAAAAAAGUCAUGUAUGAUAGAGGACAAUGUAUAGAAGUUACAAACGGCAUUAGGGAAUGUAAAUGUAUAAAAUCUGGAGCCCAAGAAUGGAGCAAGUUCCAGGAAUUGAUAAGAAGAGAAUACUACAGCGAAGAACAAUACUGGGAUAUGAUAAAAGAAGAAAAUGAAUUCGAAAAUAAUAUUAUAAAUAGACCAUGUACAAGUGAAACUGAAUGUGCCAUCGGUUGCAUAAAACAAAGACAAUUUGAUGGCGUCUGCAUACGCAACGUUUGCCAAUGUAAAACUGCCCGCAUUGAAGAAAAGUGGUAUGAAUACAGAAAGAUUGUUACCGAAAGAAAAACAUAUUACAGAGAAGAAAGAAUAGUUCAAAUUGAAGAAACCAUCUUCAAGCCAAACCAAAAAUCUUGUUCGACUUCAAUUGGUGACCUUUGCACAAAAUUAUGUAAUAAUGUAGGCAACAAAUUUGGCAAAUGUAAUUCCGAAUCACAAAUGUGCAAUGUUUAUGUUCUAAAGAUAAAUCAACUUGGACUAAUUAUUUAG